CAAGAGGGGCGAUGAGGCGAAGCGAACUUGGGGGCGGAGCGGCGGGGCAAGACCGCUAGAGUCCUCCCGAAGGUUCGGUCGCCUCGCCGCCAUCCGUUCCUUCCCUUGCGCCCGAAGAAAGAAGCAAACCAAAAUCCCCAAACCAGUCCACAAAUAAAAUGAGUCCAGCGCCGCAAGUCGAUAGGAAGGCGGAGGAAUUUCGAGCGGAGAGUUUGCGUGUGGAGGACUGAAGGAAGCUGCGGCUUUGGUCCUGUGGCGGCCCCGCGGUCUCGGGAGAUGGGGGCCGGCAUGAGCAGAGGCCGGCGGCGCGGCUUCGGCCUCGAGGCGUCGAGGGGGAUGCUGCCCCUGCUGGCGCUCCAGGUGCUGAUGGAGUACGGCCGCGCGGGCGCCUCCCGGCCACCCGUGACCGCGGCGCUGCUCGCCGCCAACGCGCUGAUCUACCUCCGGCCCGGAGCGCUCCACGAGAUCCUGCCAUCGAUUGAUCGAGUCUCCUUCAAUCCGCAACUCAUCAUCGAGUAUCGCGACUGGGCGCGCUUCUUCCUGUCACCUUUCUACCACUUGAGCGAAAGCCACCUCUUCUACAACAUGACAUCGCUAUUGUGGAAGGGCAUACAGCUUGAAACAUCAAUGGGUAGUGCUGAGUUUGCUUCCAUGGUUGCUGCAUUGCUUGGCCUGUCCCAGGGUAUCACGCUACUCUUGGCAAAGGGCUUAAUCCUGUUUGGUGAUUACACUGCGUAUUAUGAUCAAUAUGCUGUUGGAUUCUCUGGUGUGCUCUUUGCCAUGAAGGUCGUGCUGAAUGCCUGGUCGGACGAUUUUGUGUAUCUGCACGGAAUGGUUAUUCCAGCGAAAUAUGCUGCUUGGGCUGAGUUAAUCCUCAUCCAGAUUUUCAUUCCUGGGACAUCCUUUCUUGGCCAUCUUGGUGGGAUACUUGCUGGACUGGUUUACCUUUGGCUGAAGCGCACAUUCAACGGGCCAGAUCCAUUGACUCUUCUGAUUUCAAGCAUUACCAAGGUCGUGACCUGGCCACUGAAAUUUGCUCAGAAACUUCUGCGAUCUGUCAGAUCACAAGGUCGCAUAACAGGCCGGGGCAGGGUUGGGCGCCGUGCAUCAGCAAGAGAGACAGGUCGAGGGUUAUGGAGAUGCUCAACCUGCACCUAUGACAACUCAAUUGCCACAGAUAUCUGUGAGAUGUGCAGCACUGCGCGAGAGGACCGUUCUUUUUCACAGAGACAGAAUCAUCAAGCUGGGGGUAGUGGUGAGCUCUCAGUUGUUGAGAUACGCCGUAGGAGGCUUCAAAGAUUUGACAGAUGAUAUGCUUUCACAGGUCAUCUACAUUAAAAAUGAAAGUGAUGAAGCACAGAUGGAAUUUAAGAUUAAGCUCUCUAAGUCAAUUCAGAAACUAACUUGCUAUGGAGCUACGGAAGAGAAGGAAUUUUGACAGGACUGCAAUGGUCAAUUGGUCAUCAUGGUCUUUCCAGUCUGGGAAAAACGAUUCAACAGAGAACGGUGAGAAUGAGCAACUAGGGAGGUAACCGGCACCAGGGCCACCACAAACGACGAAGACAACACACUGCUACAAAUUACAUGUUUGAGGUUUGUUAGGUUGAUUUUGGGAGCACAAUUUAUCAUACAAGAAUGCUAUUUGAUAUUUCGCUCUCCACGAACAAAUUAGAAUGCUAAGGGUUAGAUAA